UUUUCUGCAACAAUAAAACAAAUUUGCUGCUGCAGCAGCAGCUUGCAACACUGCAGCAACAACAACAACAGCAGCAGCAAGUCGCAUGCAAAACAAAUAGUCGCAGGACGAAGGACAUAAGCUGCAUGCCACACACGUAAAUAUUACAAGUGCGAGUGCAUUUUAAAGUGAAUCAAGAAGUAGAAAUAAAAAGCGCAAAAUCAAAUAUUACAAAAAUAGAAGGUGCCCCAGUCCCAAAUAUUCGUACUGCGAUAGUUUUUCGAAGCCAAAUUCGGAACGUUAACGAAAUCAACGUCAAUAUCUGUGCAAAAAUAAUAAAAAAGAGAAAAGUAAAAAAAAACCGGAAGCACGAAUAUCGAAAGAGUUGAGCCCCCCAUUCACGAUGCUAACCUGCGUGUGUCGGCCCGUGUCGGGCAAUCUGCCCAAAAUGCCCCCCGCCUCCAUGAUGCCCGCCUCCAGAGCCUCGCUCAGCAGCAGCGCCACAGGCAGUGGCAGUGGCAGUGGCAGUUCCUCCGGCUUCCACAGUCCCACACAAGUUGUGACAUCCGAACCGAAGCUGAACGUGCCCAGCAGGCUGACGUCAGCCGAACUGAGGGCGAUGGCACUGCGACAGCAGCAGCAAAUCGACAGCCAGCACCAGCUGCUGGCCACAAAGGAGCAACGGUUGCGCUUCCUCAAAUCGCAGGAGGUGCGCAGCGCGGUGGCCAGCGCUGAGGGCGAGCGACUGCGUCGGCUGCGGGAGCGCGUCGAGGCGCAGGAGUCCAAGCUGCGUCGCUUGCGCGCCCUGCGGGGUCAAGUGGAUCUGCAGAAGACCUACAAUGUAACACUGAGCAAUGACUUGGACUCGAUUCGAGCGCUCUUCAGCGAAAAGGAGAAGGAGCUCAGCUUGGCAGUGGCAAAGGUGGAGGCCCUGACACGCCAAUUGGAGGAGCUGCGACGCGACCGACGAUGUCCUGUCAAUUUGCUGGCCGCAACGGGCCAGGGCGCGGCACAGGCGCUGCCGCCCCAAGCCUCGCGGGAGCUCGAGAAGCUGCGACGUGAAUUAAUGUAUCGCAAUCAGCUGUCCUUGCAGCAGGAUGCACGGCUGCACAUGCAACGCGAGGCGCUGCAGCAGCGGCAGGCGGAGCUGCGCUCGGUGGAUCAGCGUAUCUACGAAUUACAGACGCGCCUGCAGCGCAAAAAGCAGGCCAAUACGCACCACCAGCAACAACAGCAGCAGCAGCAACAACAGCAACAGCAACAACAGCAGCAGCAGCAGCAACAACAACAGCAAAAACAGAAAAUACAACAGCAACAACAACAUCAUCAACAACAACAGCAGCAGCAGCAACAGCAAUCAGCUGCACAGCAGCAACAGUUGCACGUGCAAUCCGCACAGUUGCUGGCAGCAACAGCUGCUGCCGCCGCCGCCGCCCAACAGCAGCAACAACAACAACAGCAACAGCAACAACAGCAACGCCAGCCCGCGGCGCCCGCCUCCAAGCAUGGAGGUGUGGCCGCCUUGAAGCAGCAACUGCUGCAGAAACAGGUAAAUCAGCUGGCAGCAGCGGCCGCAGCAGCAGCCGCGGGUCGCGCCGCCGAGCGUGCCAUUGCGCGCGGCAGCGUCAAUGUGGCCGCCGUGGAGCCCUUCAUACACACGCCCCAGAAGUCGACAAUAACGUCGACUGCCAGCUACCUGAGCGCGGGCAACAUGCUGAAGCAUGCGGCGGCAACGGCCAACACAAAUCAGCAGAAUCAGUUGAUCCAGGAUCUGAGCCACAGCCAUGUGAAGCUGACCCCGGGCCAAAGCUUCUACCCGAGCAGCAACGUCGCGGCGCCGGCGCCCGCAAACGCCAGCAGCAGCAGCGAGAGCGACGAGUCGAAGCUAGCCAAGAAGCUGCUCACAGCGGCGGCGGCAGCUGGGCCUGUGGGCAAGUCCAAGACGGAGACAGAUCUGCGCAAGCAGGCGCAAACAGAAGCCAUGGACAGCACUACGCACAUCUAUGCAGAGGUAGGGCCCAAGAAGCGGGAUAGAGAGGCGGCGGCUGCAGCAGCAGCAGCGGCAGCAGCAGCGGCGGCCGCAGCGGCAGAGGCCACAGCAGCAGCAGGCACAACAGCAACAACCACGUCGCCCGCUGCCUCCAUCAAUGCCAGCAAAAUACCCAAGAGCAUCUCGAGCAGCAGCUCGGCCUCGGCGCUGAUCAACAAGCUCAACCAGCAGGCGAGCGCCGUCAAGGAGUCGCCGGAGCCGGCCAAAAAGAACGAGAUAUCGGUGACCAGCGAGACGUUGUCGGAGCGCAAUACGCAGCAGCAGCUCACCGUGCACAGCAUGCCGCUGGGCGCAGUCAGCAAAUCCGUGGCCAUUGCCGUAUCCAAUGCCAACGCCUCCUGCAGCAGCGGCAGCAGCAGCACGAACACCACCAAACCUCUGCAGGUGCAGGUGGGCAAUUUGGUGGUGCCGCCGCGCAAGCCCAUCAGCAGCGUUGCGCCCACCUCGAUGAGCAGCAGCAGCGGCGGCGGCAGCGGGAGCGGAGGAGGCAGCGCCAUACCCAAAAUGAUAAACUACAGUCCCAAGGUGAAUCGCGUGGCGCCCAAUGUGGUCACGCCCACGGCUGAUCCGCGACCCGCACUGCCGCCCAAGCCUAGCAAAAUGUCUCCGACAGAGCAGCCCAGCGAGAACAGUGGCUCAGCUGCAGCUGCAGCAACUGGCGCCACGCCCAGCACAGCUGGCAAGGCGCAGCCAGCAGCUCCGACACAGGCCAGCUUUGGGCUGCAGUCGCUCAACAUCAACGACAACUUGCCCAUCAAGGCCAAGCCGCUGACCAUACGCAAGCAGCCCAUCUUCGAGCAGCCACCGCGACUCAAGAGCACGCCCGUUGUAGGAGGCGCCUCCAAGCCCGGACCGCAGCAGCUGCCGCGCAAGCCGGAGGCGCAGGCACAGACGCAAACCAAGGAAGCCCAACGUCCUAUGCAGCAGGAGGCAAAUAGAAGCUCAGCCGAUUCGCCACAGCACUCGCCCAACAGCAACUCGCAGAGCAGCUCCAGCGUGGAUGAGCCGGAUCGGAUGGGCAGCCAGGCGGAGACCAGCAGUGGCAGCAGCCUCAAGGAGCGCGCCGCCAGCAAACCCAAGCUGGGGCGACGCGUCAGCUUUGAUCCGCUUGCGCUGCUGCUGGACGCCAGCCUGGAGGGCGAACUGGAGCUGGUCAAGAAGACGGCCAUGCAGGUGGCCAAUCCCAGCGCGGCCAACGAUGAGGGCAUCACAGCGCUCCACAAUGCCAUCUGCGCGGGACACUUUGACAUAGUCAAAUUCCUCGUGCAGUUUGGCUGCGAUGUGAAUGCCCAGGACUCGGAUGGCUGGACGCCGCUUCACUGCGCCGCCAGCUGCAACAACUUAAACAUGGUCAAGUUUCUCGUCGAGAGCGGCGCCUGUCUUUUUGCGUCCACGCUGUCCGAUCACGAGACGCCCGCGGAGAAGUGCGAGGAGGACGAGGAGGGAUUUGACGGCUGCUCCGAGUAUCUGUACAGCAUUCAGGAGAAACUGGGCAUCCUGCACAACGGCGACGUCUAUGCCGUUUUCAGCUAUGAGGCGCAGAACAGCGACGAGCUGAGCUUCCACGUGAACGAGCCGCUGAUCGUGCUCCGGAAGGGCGACGAUACCGAGAACGAGUGGUGGUGGGCGCGCAACGCAGCCGGCGAGGAGGGCUACGUGCCACGCAAUCUGCUUGGACUAUAUCCACGCGUGCCGCCGCAGUCGCCGCAUUUCAGCGAUUAGCAGUUAAUACGCUUCACCAUACUCAAGCGCAAGGCUGGCCGACUUGUGCAGAAGCGCUAUAUAUCCAAGUACAUCUGAGCAGCAGAUUCCGAGCACGUCCCCUACGCCUAAUCCCGCGGUGCCAAACUGGAUGGAUGGAUGAAUGGAUGGGAAGGGGGAAGGGGAUGGCGCGUCUUAGUUAUGAGCUGGCAUUAUUUAUGACAGCCUCGUGUUAUUUCUUUCCUGUUUACUUUUUUGUUUGUUUGAAAAAGCCACAAGAAGGAAACCAGACGCAAUCGUGUGUGUGACACACAUACACACACAAACACACACAAGUCAUGUGUGUGUGUUGCAAGUGUGCAAACGUGUGUCCAUCAUCGGAAUGUGCAGCAUUUGGCACAGCGCCUGCGGCAACAGCUAUUUAUUAUAAAAGAGGAGCAGCCAGGACAGGCCACAAUUAGGCAACAGCCUGGUCCUGGUCCUGGUCGUGGUCGUGGUCCUGGUCGUGGUCCUGCUUUUGGUCGUCCUGCACACGUACAAUAAAUUGGAUUUCAGUUAAGCCUGCCCCCUGCUUAGAUUAAGGCCUAGACUAAUAACUUAAGUAAAACAUGUGCACCACACAAUCCCCCUGCCACAUAUAAGCCCCCAGCCGCCCAACAACUCGCCACAAAUUGCUUUCAACUUUUUGUGCAUAAAACUAAAAUUUGAAAUUCAAAUUUAAGAUGCAAAUUGAAAAUGAAAAUUGAAAAUUUCAAUAGACUUUGUGCACUUUGUGGCUGGAAAACGAGUUUGUUAAUUGCCAGUAACGAGUUUUAUUGCUAAAUAUUCGAAAUCUAAGCAAGACGAAAAACAUUAAAUUAUUAAUUUACACACAUUUUAGACAUUACAAAAAUAACAACAAGAAAUCGUGAUUUUUGUGUUGUAUAAAGCGAAAGUGCAAAAAGCUAAACGAAACAUAAUUUAAAUAUCGUUAAUAUCGUCUAUUGUACAGUACUUACUACCUAUGACUAAAACAAAAGCAGCUUCGUUAUCAAAUUACAAUUCCUAAUAAAUACAUUCAUAAUUAGUUUAUAUAUAAUUAUAUAUAUUAAUAUACAUAUGUAUCUAUAUGUAAUUGCCUGAUGCCUACCACCUAUUCCUAGCAUUCACAAAAAUACAAAAAAUACAAAAACAAACACACAACAAAUUACAUUUUAAAUGCAAUAAUAAUAAAUAGAGUGUCCU